ACAUAUAAAUUUGAACUUGCGAUUGACCUAUCUGAUCACAAGAUUCUUGUUUGGGCCACUUCACUCUUCGAACAUGGCUUUCAGUGCCCUCAUCCUCCUCCUACCACUUCUCCUUUGGUCGAGACUUUCUUUCAAAAGCUCAACAUUAAUGGUGAAUUGCCUCACUGAUCAUCAAAUCUUCAAGAACCAGAAGGCCCUGCCCAUUGACACCCCCUUCCAGCUUCCUUCUCCAUUACCCCAAUGGCCCUCUGGGAUAGGUUUCGCGAAUGGAAUAAUUGAUCUAGGAGAAGGGCUGCUGGUGCGUCAAAUUUCAUCUUUCACCAAAGUUUGGAACAUCAGAGAAGGCGGCGAUGACAAUCUCGGCGCCUCAUUCUUCGAACCUCCUCCGACUCCGGCCCCCGACGGAUUCUUCAUGCUGGGUUCCUACGCCCAACCCAACAACAAGCCUCUCUUCGGCUCCCUCCUCGUCGCCAAAGACUCCACCACCAGCAGCGCAGCUCCAGCCCUAAGGCCGCCGCUCGACUACACUCUCCUCUGGAGCAGCACCUCUUCCAGACUCAAAACCGACGGGCCCGGCUUCUUCUGGACCCCAAUGCCUCCCGCCGGCUACAUCCCCCUCGGAGUUGUCGUCACCACAUCGCCGCAAAAGCCUCCCCUCGACAAAGUCCGCUGCGUCCGGGCCAAUCUCACCGACACCGCCGAGACCGACAAUGUCAUCUGGGGACAAGGCUCCGCCGUCAACCUCUUCAGCUUGAGACCAAGACUCAGAGGAACCCAAGCUCCCGGCCUCGCCAUAGGCACAUUUAUCGCCAAUCUCAGCAACAAUCCGGCGACCUCCAUAGCCUGCUUGAAGAACACAAACCCAAAUCGCUUCUCUGCCAUGCCCAACCUCAACCAAAUCAAAGCCCUCCUUCAAGUUUACUCUCCGCUAGUUCACUUCCAUUCUAAAGAACAAUACCUCCCUUCUUCGGUCUCCUGGUUUUUCACCAAUGGAGCUCUGCUUUACACCAGAGGGCGAGAGUUGAACCCGGAUCGGGUCGACCCGACGGGCGCCAACCUCCCGCUGGGCGGCUCCAACGACGGCGCCUACUGGUUGGACCUCCCCGUCGACGGAGCCGUGAAGGAAAUGGUGAAGAAAGGAAACUUACAAAGCUUCGAGGCGUACGUACACGUAAAGCCGGUGAACGGCGGGAGCGUCACCGAUCUGGCGAUGUGGCUGUUCUACCCUUUCAACGGGCCGGGAAAGGUGAGAAUCGAGAAGUUUGACGUGGAAUUGGGCAGAGCCGGAGAACACGUUGGCGACUGGGAGCAGGUGACUUUGAGGGUGAGCAAUUUCAACGGGCAGUUGCAGAGCGUCUUUUUUUCUCAGCACAAUAAAGGGAUGAAGGUGUCGGCGCCGGAGCUUGAGUUCGAGAACGGGAACAAGGUGGCGGUAUACGCGUCGCUGGACGGGCACGCCUCGUACCCUCAUCCGGGGGUGGUUUUGCUGGGGAGUAAGCUGAAAGUCGGAGUCAAGAACGAGACAGACGGGGGCGGCUCGACGGUGGACACGGGGGCGAAAUACGCGGUGAUCGCCGCCGACUACUUGGGGACGACGGUUGUUUCGCCCCCGUGGGUGAAUUAUAUGAGAAAGUGGGGUCCGAAAAUCACGUACGACAUUUGGGACGAGAUCAACAGGGCGGUGAAAUGGUUGCCGAAAUUUCUGAGAAAUAAAUUACUGGACUUUUUGAAGAAGUUGCCCAGGGAACUGUUGGAGCAGGAUGGGCCGACUGGCCCUAAGGAAAAAUCCAGCUGGGAUGGAGAUGAGUUUUGAGGAGUUUGAAUUUGGAUUUCUGCAUGUUGAAUCCAUACGCAGAUACUUGUGAUCGAUCGUGGUGGAGAUGACGAAGAUUAUCGCCGGCAGACGGCGCCGGGUCUCGAUCCGCCGGCCGGAUAAUGGGAUAAAAUUCCGAUAUACCACUGGUUGAUAAUAAAUGCGCACUAUCAGUACUGUCUAUGAAUGAAGACAAGGGGGCAGACAGAUGCCCUGGCUCCCCCUCCCAUCUGCAAAUGUCCAAAGUUACACAAAAGAAAAUUUCUUUUAAGGUAAGAAAUAGUUAAGUUAUUAAUAAAGAAUGAAUUAUUAGGUACACUAAA